UCAUUCUCAGUUGGAACAGCGCGUCGAACGGUUAAUCGCUAGCUUGACGCUCCCCCGCGUCCCCCGCAAGUCGCUCCCGUACCUAUUUAACAGUUGUUUUUCCCGCUGUCUCUCCUAGAGAAGCGGCAAAGAAACGCAAAGCAAAAGCAAUCGUCGAUCGAAGAUCGAAGAAGAUCGAGCGAGCAACACCGAAAACAGUCACAAUGGCAAUGACAAUGAUAAGCAGGAAUCCGGACGUGCUGCUUCUACUGCUGCUGGCUCUGAUUUUGGGCGCCACCGAUGGCAACUCCAUACCAACGACCAUGACGAUAACGACGCCGCAAGGCGUGUUUGAAACGCGCACAGACAAGGUGCCCAGUGGGGUCGCUGGAACGGGAACGGCGCUAUCCGGCGCAGGAGGAGCAAUCUACGAUGAUGUGGACACCUUUGUGCCGUUUAGAAGUGAUUCGCACGACCCUUUCUCAUGGCAUUUGCUCAAGACGGUGCUCCAAAACGAGACAUCGGCCAAAAAUGUGAUCAUUUCGCCGUUUUCGGUGAAACUGGUGCUGGCCCUGCUAGCAGAGGCCGCCGGAGCGGGGACGCAGACGCAGCAAGAACUGGCCAACACGCAGACAGACAUCCGGUCUCAGAAUAAUGUGCGAGAGUUCUACCGGAAGACCCUCAACUCGUUCAAGAAGGAGAACCAGCUCCAUGACACGCUCAGUGUACGGACUAAGCUUUUUACCGACAGUUUCAUCGAGACGCAACAGAAGUUCACCGCUACCCUAAAACACUUCUACGACAGCGAGGUAGAGGCGCUGGACUUUGCCAACGCGGACGCGUCGGCGGAUGCCAUUAAUGCCUGGGCCAACAACAUUACGCAGGGACGACUCCAGCAGCUUGUGACGCCGGACAAUGUGCGCAGUAGCGUGAUGCUGCUCACGAAUCUCAUCUACUUCAACGGGCUGUGGAGACGGCAGUUCUCCAGCACCUUCCAGGGAGCCUUCUUCCGCGGCAAAGACCCACAGUCACAGUCACGGGCCGAGUAUAUGGAGCAGACUGAAUACUUCUACUAUACCACCUCAGAGAAGCUAAAGGCGCAGAUACUACGGCUGCCGUAUAAGGGCAAGAACUCCAUGUUUGUGCUGCUCCCGUAUGCCAUUGAUGGCAUCGACGAGCUGGUUCACAAUCUGGAGAAUGACGAGUUGAAGGGCGCCCAGUGGGCCAUGGAGGAAGUGAAGGUAAAGGUGACGCUGCCCAAGUUUCACUUUGACUACCAGCAGAACCUCAAGGACACGCUCCGCGGCUUGGGAGUGCGCGAGAUCUUCGAGGACACUGCAUCGCUGCCAGGACUAACCCGAGGCGCAGACGUCGCUGGCAAAGUUAAGGUGUCAAACAUCCUUCAGAAGGCUGGCAUCAACGUGAACGAGAAGGGAACGGAGGCCUAUGCCGCCACCGUUGUGGAAAUUGAGAACAAGUUCGGCGGCAGCACCACAAUCGAGGAGUUCAACGUGAACCGGCCGUUCGUGUUCUUCAUCGAGGAGGAAUCCACUGGGAAUAUACUAUUUGCCGGAAAAGUCCAUAAUCCCGCCUCCCAAACUUACUAAAUUAUGCAAUAAAAAUACAAAACGAAAUCACAA